AUGGCCCCUGCGUGGACCGAUCCUGACGACAACACGCUCAAGGUCUCUCUCACUACUCACAAAAGACGGCGAAAACUGCGUGACACUCUCGCCGAAGAUUCUGUGGACGGCCAUGAAUACGAAGAGAGGUUACGACGCCAAUACGAGAAGAUCCAUCCCACUCCUCAAUGGGCUCAAGCCGCUCAUGGACGUCUCCAAGGUGCAGGCGCGGGCAAGCGUCCAAGGUCUCCAACGGAUGAAGAAGAACUUCCGGAGGCCGUGGGAGGGCACGGAGUUCCAGGAGAUCUCCUUGGAGCGACAGGGUCUACCCUCUCUCGUCAACGAGCUCAUGUUCUCCCUGCUGGGGAGAUAAAAUGCGUUCGCUUUCAUCCAUCUCCUCAAGUGUCUGUCCUCCUCUCCGCGAGCUCAGACAGGCGGUUGCGUUUGUACAACAUUGACGGUCAUACAAAUCCACACCUUCACACCCUCCAUGUUCCCUCACUCCCACUCGCAAACGCCCUGUUCCAUCCAGGCGGAACCUCCGUUCUUCUCACCGGUCCACGGCCGUUCUAUUAUACCUACGACCUUCAAACAGGCACAAGCCAGCGAUCUCCACGUGGUCUGUGGGGGACAACAUUCUCGGCCAAUCAAGCAGUGCAGGACGGCAGCAUGGAAAUCUGCUCAUUCGACCGCACUGGCUCUAUUCUCGCUGUCGCGGGCCGCAGAGGACACGUCCACCUCGUCGACUGGCGGAACGGCGGCGGACAGGUUGUUGGUAGCAUCAAGAUGAACACUGGCGUACAGUCGAUCUGGUGGUCCAACGGAGAGCUACUUACAUUGGGCGAAGACUCAGAGAUUUACGUCUGGGACGUCGGUCAGCGACGAUGCUUGCGGCGGUGGAAAGAUGACGGGGGGUAUGGCAGUUUGGGGCUGGAAGGUGAUGCGUCAGGGAAGUAUUUGGCCAUCGGCUCGAAGAUUGGCUUCGUCAAUGUGUAUGGCUCAGAAGCUUUCUCAGGCAGCGUAGAUCGGCCAAAAGUACUCAAAACUAUGGGUAACCUUACUACUGCGGUUACGUCGAUGCGCUUCAACCACGACGCACAGCUGCUCGCCGUUGCGAGCCAUACGAAAAAGGAUCAGAUGCGCUUGGUACGUCCCAACAUAGAUCCAUAUGCCCUCUCUCACCGCGUUCUCCAACUGGCCAACGUCGAGCACACCUCUGGGCCAUGUCACCAGCGUGGACUUCUCCGCGAGAAGUGA